AUGUACUUCUUGCCAGCCAUGGCUUUGCAAGCUGACUCCUCGAUAUGCGUCCGAGCCGGUCUAGAAUGCGCAGGCUAUAGGUCUCAGUCAGAUUUGAUUUUUCGAGAUCAGACCAAAUCUAUAAUCAAAAGGUUAUCUGUUCCAAAAGAUGAAGUGAUUACGACUCGCCAUCAGACUGCUAGAUGGAGCCCAGUCACAGUGACGCCUGCUCUCAGCAUUGAAGAAGUUGCACAGAAGGUCUUUUUCGACAAUUUUCCAGUAUUGGGAGAUAAUUGCAAGACCUGGAUGGAAUCCGGGAUGGAGCAGCCGUCCACUGUUAAUAUCAGCCUUACCUCCGUUGGUCUUGCUGCACUCGCUCUUGUCCAGAAAGAUCCUAGCAUGAUGAACUUGGCGCGGGGCAAAUAUCUUUCUGCUAUAAGGGCUAUUUCGAGAACAAUAAAUUGUCACCAGGGGAUUAGAAUCGAACAAUCCAUUGCUGGAAGUUAUAUUCUAUCCAUGUUCGAGAUGAUCACAUGUGAUACUCAUUCUGCUUCGCAUACUUGGCAAAAGCAUGUCCAUGGUGCUGCCGCGCUCUUGGGCUAUUUAUGUUCCACCAAUGGACUGCCCAUCCCCUUGGUGAAGGAAGUUAUAGAUAUCUACUAUACCACAGCGCUCGCAUGUCUUCUCGAUGGAAAACUGGUUCCACAAACCUUUCUGGAAUCACCAAAUAAUUUUGAGGAAUUGUCAAAUAUCAGGCAGCAGGAUGUGGACCCCUUGUCAUCAGCAAUGCAGUUGUUUGUUGUCAUGGGUACACUUUGUAAUCUUUAUGCAUCAAAGGACUUCGAUCUGCUUGCGUCCAGUCAGCUAUUCGAAUUGGCUACUCACAGUGACCGAGUUCUACAAACCUGGGCCAUUUCAUUGCCUAUCUCAUGGAAUUACCAUCAGGCUGGACCGCAAUACGUAUAUCAGGACGUUUGGUUUGCUCGCAUGUGGAAUUAUUAUCGCCUAGCCCGCAUUUUGGCCAACAGGAUUAUCAUGGACAAUUUCGACAUCUCAUCGUCCCAGACUCUACCAUCCCAAACGGCAUUGCCUGAGGAGUUCAGAGCCAAAUAUGACCAGGCUAAUGCUGCCAUCUCGGUUUUAUCGCAAGAGAUCUACGGUACCUUGCCUUUCAUGUUCAACUCAGAACAAAUGCUUUCUGCCUCUCUACCUUGGUCAGCAGCUCUCUUUUUCACAACAACGCUUUUACAAUCUUUGUUAAAGCUCACAGACAGGGCUAUUUUGAUUCAAAACUGGUCAUCACCGACAUGCGAGGUUCUAGGAGCAAGGUUUACCAUGGCCAAAAAUAUGGUAACCCAGAAUCUCCACUAG